ACAUCUCUUUACUGAAUGGUGCUCUGCAGUCAGUCAACAUCCCUGUGACAUCUGCCAGGAUCAACAUGUGGGCAGCAAAACUCCUACUUCUUUCUCUAGUCAUCUUCUGCACAGAGAGCAAGAUAAGAAAACGUAACAACCUGCAUGAUUAUACAAAGACUUCAGACAUCACUUUAAUAAGAAUCAACAAGGAGCUUAAGAUGAAAACAAAACUGUUCAACACCACAGAGAAUUGUGCCAAAAGAUGCAGUCGGAAUAAAGGGCUAGCCUUUACUUGCAAGGCGUUUGCUUUUGAUAAAAGCAUAAAGAGAUGCCACUGGUUCUCUUUCAAUAGCUUGUCAACAGGAAUAAAGAAGAAGCUAGAUCAUGCAUUUGAUCUUUUCGAAAAGAAAGAUUAUGUCCGUGAUUGUAUUAAUGGAAAAGGCAGUAAUUACAAGGGUUUAUGGAAUACAACAAGGAGUGGAUUGGCAUGCCAGUCAUGGAAUUCAAUGAUCCCUCAUGAACACAGCUUUUUGCAUUCGAGCUACCAAAGCAAAGACCUCAAUGAAAACUAUUGUCGAAAUCCUAAAGGAGAAGAAGGAGGGCCUUGGUGUUUUACUAAAAACCCAAAAGUUCGUCAUGAAGUAUGUAAUAUACCAUCAUGCUCAGCAGUGGAAUGUGUGACCUGUAAUGGUGAACACUACAGAGGACCAAUGGAUUACACAGAGUCAGGAAAAGAAUGUCAGCGAUGGGAUUUGCAAAGGCCACACAAGCACAAGUUUCGCCCAGAGCGAUAUCCUAACAAGGGUCUGAAUGAUAAUUACUGCCGCAACCCUGAUGGCAAGGCGAGACCAUGGUGUUACACGCUUGACCCUGACACCCCAUGGGAGUUUUGUGCAAUUAAACCCUGUGCACACAGUAUCAUCGACCCCACUAAUAUUACAGCGGAUUGUGUAAAGAGUCAAGGAGAAGGCUAUCGGGGAACAGUAAGAACAACAUACAAUGGCAUUGUGUGUCAGCGGUGGAACUCCCAGUUUCCACAUCAGCAUAAUUUUACUCCAGAAAACUAUAAAUGCAAGGAUCUGAGUGAAAAUUACUGCAGAAAUCCGGAUGGUUCAGAGUACCCUUGGUGUUUCACAACAGAUCCAAAUGUUCGUAUUGGUCACUGUUCCCAAAUACCAAAAUGUGAAGUCUCUAAUCAUCAAGAGUGCUACUAUGGCAAUGGCAUCACCUACAGAGGGACUGUAUCUAGUACUCGAUUCAGGCUUCCUUGUGCCAUGUGGGAGAAAAAUAUGGUUGACGUACGAAGACAUACCUUUCGGGAGCCAGAUGUUUCCAUACUUGAAAGAAAUUACUGCAGAAAUCCAGACAAUGAUGCUCAUGGACCCUGGUGUUAUACUGACAAUCCUCUAAUACCCUGGGAUUAUUGUCAGAUUUCUAGAUGUGAAGGAGACACAACUAGUACAUUGGCAAAUAUAGACAAUCCAGGGUCAUGUGCUUCUACCAAGACACUGAGAGUUGUAAAUGGAAGUCCAGCACAAGGCAAGAAUGGAUGGAUGGUCAGUCUAAGACAUAGGAAUGGACACAAAUGUGGAGGAUCUCUUGUAAAUGAGAAAUGGGUUCUUACAGCAAGUCAGUGUUUCCUCUCUGGAGAUGUGGACCUAAAAGAUUAUGAAGCAUGGGUUGGAAUCCACAAUAUCUAUAGCAGGACACAGAAACAUAAGCAAGUUUUCAAUAUUUCACAGCUAGUCCAUGGGCCUAAAGGAUCACAUCUUGUUCUUUUAAAACUUUCCAGAUCAGCAGAGGUUAAUGAAUAUGUUGCACAAAUCAAAUUGCCAAAUUAUGGAUGUACAAUUCCAGACAAAACAGUAUGUGCUGUAUAUGGAUGGGGACACACAGGAACAAACAAUUAUGACGGCCAGCUUCAUCAUGGAAAAAUGGUUAUUGUAGGAAAUGAAAAAUGUAACGAAUAUCACAAGGGGAGGAUUACAGUCAAUGAAUCUGAAAUUUGUGCUAUUAAUGAAACUGCCAACAUUGCACCCUGUGAGCGUGAUUAUGGUGGUCCCCUUGUCUGUGCGGAAAACAAGACAGAUAUGGUACAAGGCGUAAUUAUACCAGGACGUGGUUGUGCUUCCCAAAACAGACCAGUCAUCUUUGUCAGAGUGGCUUACUAUGCAAAAUGGAUACACAAGAUUAUCUUAACUUACAAAUCUCCAUAGAUUAUGAUACAAAUAAUUAUGAUUCUCUAAGCUUUACUUGAUAAUCAAGUUGUGCUUGUUGUUCUUUACCAUUAAUUUAUUGUCAUGUUCUAUUAAUGCUGAGAUGUUUGAUUGACGUGGUGACAAAUUUCCUGAGUAUACUUGAACAACUUUUUAUAUGUACAGUAGGAAGUAAAAUAGUUACACAUACUUUCAUGCUGCUCUGAUGGAUAGUUUUACUGAAUGGCCUAAUAUGUAAUACUAGGUGACAUUCCUUUAAUUAUUUUUACUCCAGUAGCAGACACAUUAUAUCCACUACAGUAGUAGAUUGUUCUAUACAACUCAAAAUGAUACUCCAGGUGGUCUACCCACCCUCAAAAUUACACUUACCUACAUGGCACAAUUCUGCAAACCCCAUCAUCUACUUGGAGUCUUCUGCUGCAGCCUGUUGGCAACCUUCGUUACUGAGUGGCAGUUAUAAUAGAUGGCAUUGACCUGAGAAAUAUGCACAGCUCACAACUAUCUCUAUUAAUUAUAUUUUAGGACUAAAGUUCAAUAAGAAAGAAUUAACAAUGACAUUGGGUUAUAUUCUUGAAAUAACCCACCCUUUCACACUCUCUCUCUCUCUCUAUAUAUAUAUAUAUAUAUAUAUAUAUAUAAUUUUUAUUGAUCAAUAUCAGAUCUGCGGGGGUCCGACACCUGGCACCUCCACUGGUGAGCUGGUUGAAGGAAAGGCCGCAGCCUUCCCUUCUUUGUUUACCUGCUCACCGUCGACAUUGAAGCAGUGAGCAAGUGUGAUUACUAGAAACCAUCCCAUUCACUUCAAUAGUACAGCUUGUUUGUAUACAAGUGCAUAUUUCACCUGUGUCGGCGGCGAGCAGCUGAACAAUGAAUGAAAGGUUAUAGUUAUAUAGUAAUACUUAUACUGUACGGUAAAUGCUCCACCCCAUUUAUGGCUUUUAGCAUGGUGGUUUAUGAUAAUUCCUAAAUUUAGUAACUGUAUGUUAAAAUCAAUGAUUUAUUUUCUCAAAAAUGCCAUGGCAUCUUGGAUUAAACGUAUCAAAUACCCCGGUGGGUAUACAUGCUAGUGAAUUUCCCUACCAGUCAGUUGAGCUGAGGGUUGGGAAAUAAUUUGAAAACUAGUGAAAUUUCUUCAAGAUUUCUAAACAGGUCCUUCUGAUUUUAAUCACUACUGGGCAAUUCAAACUUACUGUAUUUUUUGCCUUAUAAGACGCACUUUCCCCCCCCCAAAAGUGUGUGUGGGGGGGUAAUUGCAGUGUGUCUUAUAAAGCUAAUGGUGAAUUUUUAUAUGGCUGACACUGAUACAUGACUGACCUCUAUGCUGCAUAGCGCUGCCUGCGAUGUAUCAGUAAGCGGGGUGGUCGGAGGGGCUGGAGGCCGGCAACUGCUGUUGCACUCGCAGCGGGGGCCUGGUGCAGUCACAGUACUCCAUUACACCAUUCCCCGCUCACAGCAGUCUUUACAUUUAAAGUGUUUAUUCAAUCCUUAACCAGUGGCUCUGGUUUGUUAAACUAGCGUAAUCUUCUGUAGUAGUAAUCACUACUCACUAUCAAAGCGGUGGGCAGGCCGGCAGCGUAACCUCACUCACUCAUUUAUGCUCCUUCCACUUCAUGAAUGGAGCAGGAGGAGCAUGAAUGAGUGAGUGACGUUACGCUGCCGGCCUGCCCGUCACUUUGAUAGUGAGUACUACUACAGAAGAUUACGCUAGUUUAACAAACCAGAGCCACUGGUUGAGGAUUAAUCUAGUAGCAGAUGCAGAUAGAACAUUAUAUUUUAAAGAUAAGUUUCUUCAGAAGGUUUCAGCUAUAAAGAUAAAUCAAGAAAUAUAUUUUAUAAACCAUAGCAAAAUACAAACAGUAUAGUAAGUCAUGGAAAACCCUUUAACAAUUACAAUAAUUCCUGUGUGACAUAGUGUAUGUUUGUAUGGAGUCUUGCUGUAAGAUACCAAUAUUGUAUAUAAUGUGUCUUAAAGAAAAUCAACUAUGGUAUGCAUUGCUUUUCUUACAUUAUAUACUGUUUGCUGCUUUUCCACAAGAACAUAUUUAUAGAACAAAGUAUAAAACCAUUGUAAUUAAAAUAAACAUACAAUUUUACCCAAGAGCAUAACACUAAGACCACUGGAAUUUAGUAUACAAAUAAACUUCCAUACGUAAUCUGUCAACAUUUAUUCAUAUAAAAUACACAGUAGCAGAGUUAAACUAUAAUAACACUUUAAACAUACGUUGAAUAUUUUUUAACUAUUUUAUAUUAAAACUAAAUUUAGUUCAGUAAUUAACUUCUUGGCAGUAUUAUGUAUAUAGCCAAAAUAGCUAAAUAUUUAAUUUGACCUCUCCUGCUAUGCAAGAGAGUGUCAUCUAUUGGUAGAUAUCAUCUGUGUAGUUAUGAUAUAUGUAAAAAUGUACAUAAUCUUUAUAGAAAAAAAUGUAAUGUGAAUUUGCAAUUACAUGUAUUGGACAGCACCAUGUGUUCUACACAUUGUUUUGCUGCUAUCAUCAAAAUCUUGUCAGUACAUGAUACAAAUAAUCAAAGUAUCCAUGCAAAUUCCAUGGAAAUACAAAUGAGGACAUUGGUCACAAUUAUUAAACCUGGAUAUAACCUAUAGUUGUCUACAUUUAAUUCAAAUGUGAGCAUACAUAACUUCUUAUAUUGUAUGCUUAUUUGGUCAGGAAUCAGGAUGCUUGUAAAACCAUAUUUUGCUUCCGGUUGUCUUUUGUGUCACAUAUUCUCAUAUUUGAACAGUAGGAACAGAUUAAUUAAAAAGUAGUGACUAAAAGUGUCAUUAUAUUCCCGUGGAUGUUACAUGUUUGUACCAAUGGUACCAAUAUUUUAAAGUGUUAACAUUUUGCUAAUUCUUUUCUGUUUAGACUGUUGAAUACAUUUUUUUUUUACUUCAUUGGUAUUCCUGUGGCAAGAGUUUUUUUUUUAUCAUGUAAAUGGUGUAAAA